AUGACUAAUUUAGCAGUGUCAAAUUAUGAGAGCUUUGCAAAUUAUGCAAUGCCACAACUUGGUUAUGAAGUUGAAGAUUUCCAAUAUUACACGUGGGAAAUAACCAAUUGGACAAAUUUAGAUAACUAUGUGACAAGUCCUGAAUUUUUUGCUGGAGGUUUGAGAUGGCGCAUUUUGCUUUAUCCUUCUGAAAAUGAUUAUGUAUCAAUUUAUUUGGGUUGCGUUCCAAAUGGAGCUCCUAAUGGUUGGCACUCUUGUGCACAGUUUGCUCUUGUUUUAUGGAAUCCAAAUGAACCAACAUUAUAUGAUUUUAAUCAUACAUAUAAACGUUUUACUGCUGAUGAAACAAAUUGGGGAUAUCCUCAAUUUUGUCAACAACGUGAUCUCUUUGUCCCAAAGGAAAAUAAAACUCGUCCUCUAAUCGAAAAUAAUAGGUGUAAUAUUACUGUCUUAAUUCGUAUUAUAAAGGAUCAAACUGGCUUUCUAUGGCAUAAUUUCACAAAUUAUGAUUCAAAAAAAGAAACCGGUCAUGUUAUCUUAAAGAACCAGGGAACAACAGGAUAUCUUAAUGCAGCACUGCAAUUAUUAUUUAGCAUAACCUCUUUUCGUAAGGCAGUAUAUCAAAUCCCUACGGAGAACGAUGAUCCAACUAAAAGUGUUCCAUUAGCAGUACAAAGAACUUUUUAUCAAAUGCAAAUUUCAGAUAUUUCAGUUGAAACAACGGAAUUAAUUACAUCUUUCGGAUGGGAUUCAUUAAACUAUUUUAUGCAACAUGAUAUCCACGAGUUUAGCAGAGUACUGCAAAAUAAUUUAGAGGAAAAAAUGAAGUCAAAUGCAGAUAACGCUAUUUCCAAAUUAUUUGCUGGCAAGAUGAAGAGUUAUAUUAAGUGUAUCAACGUAGACUAUGAGUCUUCUCGUGUCGAGGAUUACUAUGAUAUUCAACUUAAUGUACGGGAGUGUAAGAAUUUAGAUGAUUCUUUCAUGAAUUAUAUACAAGAAGAAAUUUUGGAAGGAAAUAAUAA